GUUACACACCCCAGGCCAGGGCAUAGAGGAUAUAUAACAGGCAGUCUCUAGUAGGUGGGAGCUAAAUGAUCAACUUAAUGACAAAGAAGAACAGCAGACAAAUAAGCACACCAUCAAAGAAAAAGAUGGCCCAUGAGUUUUCACAAAUAUAAAUGUCAAUGAUGGCUGCUGACCAAAACAUUUCACAUAUUCUACAAGAGCUCUGUCAUCCCCCCUGUAAUGCCAAUCAAAUGUGCUGUAAAAAUGAGGACAACAACAACAUCAAUAAUGCAGGGAUAGCAGAGGAGCCAUGGAUUCCCACCAGUAUGGUGACUCAGAUCCAAGAACAAGAGUGUACACAUGACCACAGAAGUGAGAGGAGUUUCAAGAGUCAAGGUAAAGAUGAUGACACAAAAGACCCCCAAGGAGAUCCAUGUAAUUCACCAGUCUCUCCUAAAAACUCAAACAAUAAGAACCAGACAGACCAGGCGACAAGAAAGCCUAACAUUUCCACUAAGAGUUCUGUGUUUGAAAAGUGGGCUGCUAUGGAGGAUAAGGCCAAUCAGAGACCCCUUGCCAAGAGGCAGCUUUCAGACAUCAGUAAAGCUAUCACUUUCAGAGCUGUGAAGAAGACUCUGGUGAAAGAGGAAGAUCAGACAAGAGAGAAGGUGCAGAAUAGUGCUACUCAACAUGACAGGAGGAAUGAUCAGAUUAUCUUGAACCAGCAUGGGUCCAGAAGGAAAUUGCAGAAGGAGCUGAUCUCUGGCACGAAGGAUUUCUACAGAGUGGACACACACACUUUCAGUGCUGGCCAAGAGCUAAAGAGUAAGAAGAUCUUCUCAGUACCGACUAUUGCAAGAACCAUCACCAAGGGAACAUGUACUGAUUUAGAAAGGCUCCGUGCAAUCUGGAUCUGGCUCUGUCAUAACAUUGAGUAUGAUUUGGAUGGGUACCUGGGUCUGACUGAGAAAGUAUGUUCUCCUGAACGGGUUAUUGAAACAGGACGAGGAGUUUGCUGUGGAUACUCCAGCCUCUGCUUACAACUGUGCAAAGAGGUUGGCAUUGAGUGCAGGGAGGUGGGUGGCCAUGGAAAAGGUAUUGGAUACAAAUUGGGUCAGAGCUACCAGAACACCAAGGCAAAUCAUAUGUGGAAUGCAGUGCUUUUGGAGGAUCAUUGGUAUCUGCUGGAUGCCUGCUGGGGAGCUGGGAAAGUGGAUAUGGACAAGAAAGCCUUUAUAAAGAGAUACAAUGACUUCUACUUCUUGACUGAUCCAGAGGACUUCAUCAAUUCACACUGGCCUGAUGAAGAGGAGUGGCAGCUGCUGGACAACCCGAUUAAGCUAGAGGAGUUUGAGAAGAAUGUGCUGAAAACCUCUGAGUUUUACAAGCUUGGGUUAACACUAAUCCACCCCAAACAAUUCUUACUCAUUACAGAGGAUGGUGAAGCUUCCAUCUCAAUGAGAUUCUCUCAGCCUGUGGACUUCACAUAUGAGAUUUCCCAGCAACACAGCGGUGAACAGAAGGAGCUGAGCACCUCUAUGGGUCUACUCACUGUCACACAGAACAGCAUGAAGCUCCAGCUGAUGCCUCCAGCUUCAGGAACAUUCGACAUCAUGCUGUUUGCACGACCCGGACAUACUUCUGGAAAGUACAGCUGGGUGUGUUCAUUUCAACUGGAGUGCUAUGAGCCUAAGACAUCACAGAAUCUCCCUGAGAACCCUUACUUGUACUGGGGAAUGACACAAAAUGCUGAAGAUCUGGGAUUGAAACCCUGCAUAUAUGGUAGUGAGGCCAUUUUAAUCAAAUCAGGGUCAUCUGAACUUGUGCUGCACACUAGCAGGCCACUCAUGAUGCUGUGUGAAAUAAGCCAUAAGGAUUUGGAUGACACUCUGGCUAUGAGAUGUCUGGCCACCCAAAUUGAAGCGGACAGACUUACCUGUAGCAUUCUUUGUCCAUACAUUGGUUAUUACAGACUGUCUGUAUUUGUCAGUGACUAUGAGAGUGAUAGGAACAGCUUCCAGAACGUGGGAAACUUUCUUCUUCACUGCACUGCCAACCCAAUCAACUUGAAUCAGCUUUUGCCUCCAGAUCUCAGUUACUUUUGCGGGCCUGGAAUCCGGACUGACGACGCUGGUCUAACAAAGUUCAGCCACACAGCGGCAAUAGUGAGCACACAGCAAGGAAAGUGCAACAUCACCUUCCAGAACCAGCGUGAUCUGGACCUUCAAGCCAUUUUAAAACAUAGCAAAGAACAGUCUGGACACCCCCUUUCUCAGCAUGUCUUCUUCACCUACAAUGGCAGUAAGGUCACGCUCAGUGUGGCCCUGCCGAAGCCGGGAGUUUACAAAUUGAGUCUUUAUGGAAAGACUACAUCCAACCAGGAAUUUAACCUGCUGUGUGAUUUCAUCCUUAAGAACAGCUCAGAGAGCUCAUGUCCCCCAUUCCCAUACACCUACAUGGCCUGGAGGAAGGGCUGCAUGCUUUUUGAACCAUGCUCAGGCCUGCUUGAGCCACUGUGUUGGGUUCAGUUCCGCAUUUGUGUCCCUGGGGCUCGCAGAGUCUCUGUGCUGGGCGAGCACAGAGUGGAUCUGCAAAUUAAUAAAAGUCACAUUUGGGAAGGAGAAGUGUUCACAGGGAAUGUGGAACAGAUAAAACUUGCAGCCAGCCAGGACGAAACAUCUGAUCAGAUGGACAUAUUGAUGUCCUUUGAUGUGCUGAGGCCACAAAAUGAGAUUAAAUGAGAAAAUGACAAAUGAGAAAGAAAAAAAAAACUGGGAAAGUGGGAUAGUUCAGACAUGGCAAGGUAUGUCCAGGGUCCCCGAUUCAAUCCUGAUGGUACCCUUAGAUAGACUGGUCUCCCAUCCAGAGUGUAUUCCCACAUUGUGCCUAGAUUCCUGGAAUAGGCUCCGACCAAUUCUGAUCAGGAUGAAGUAAUUACUAAAGAUGAAUUAAUGAAUGCUGUCUGGAUACAAAAAAAGAACAUAAUACACAUCGCUGAUAAUUGUGAACACAAUUUGUAAGAAUACCUGGCAGCUUUCAUGCUUGUUUUGAAUUUCCAUGAAACCUUUGUCAUAUUAUAGAUCAUUUGCAUUUGUCUUUGUUUUCUUCAGGGUGCUAAAGAGCUACAUUUCACAAAAGGUGUUUAUUCAGAAUUGGCACAAUUAAAGGUUGCCUGAUUUCUACCAAUUAUAAUUCUGAAUGCACCAUGACAUUCUAAAGGCAUAAAAUGUACUUUGGUACACUGGAAUCAGAAAGAAGCUUGGAAAACUAUUCAUUCUUAGAAACUCUGAAAAAGAGCAUAUUUAGCUUUCAAGUAUUAUCAUCUUGUCUUACUUGGGUUCUGUUUUAAAAUAAAGUACCUUCCCCCAAAAAUACAGUUUUUAUUCUAUAAUGGUUCGACAUAAAAAUCCAUGUACCAAACUACACUUUAGUUCGAGAUUGAAUAGCAUUUUAGUCAUUAGCUCUUAGCAUUAACAUUUAAGAAUGAUAGUUUUGCCAGUGUUUCAUUUUACCUUCAAGUGUUAUGCAUAAUAUAUGUAUAUGUAUAUGUAUAUGUAUAUGUAUAUGUAAACUUUGCAUCAGCAUUCAGCACUUGAUGGAAUCUGCAAAUCAGCUCUCCAUUGCUCUGGUAAUCAGUUUAAGAGCCACAGCACAGAAGCAAGGCCAUACUCUCCUACACACCAUAUAUCAGAUGUCACAGCAACACAUGAACUGAGCCGCUUAAAAACGGCAGCAAAUGCAAUCUCUUCUCACUGUCUUUGACACACGCUAUUUUUAUACUGCCAAGAAUGAUAAUGAUUGUUAAGUCCUCCUGAAGUUACAAAGACAGCACAGUCAGGUUUAUGUUUGGCUAAGACAUUGACAUUAGCUCUGUUGUUUUUUUUCUUGACAUGCUUUCUUGGCUGAUUAGCAUCAGUCCUGUCUCAUUCUGUGAGGGGCUGAUAACAAGGGGGCACCUUAUGCUCAUGAAAGAAAGGGUUGCCAUGUCUCAGCAAAAUAUCCAGCCCAACUAAAUCUAAACAACAACAACAACAACAACUGAAACUGGCCUGAAAAUGUUGGUGAUGUAUAACAGAACAGUGAAAAUAUAAAUUAUAUUUUGUUAAUUCAUUGGUUGGGGAAAAAAGACUGAUUAUUUGAUUUAAAGGCUGAUUAUUUGAUUUAAAAUAAAAUCUUAGUGGCUGUUGAUUUGGUGUAAAUAAUGACCCUGGCAACCCUGGUGCAUGUAUACCUGCUCAAUGUAAAAUAUACUUGCACUAUGCAGAGCUUAGAUCACUUGAUAAUAGGUCAGAUAACCAACUGAGUUGUUUUUAUCACUUUCUAAUGAACUGAACUAAAAACGUUUCAUGUUUCUGUGUGGCUAGGUCAUAAGGACACUGGAUAUUCGUUCAUUUUGCUUUUUUCUCUAAUAAACAGACAACCUGAGCAUCAAAGCAUGAA